UUGUUCUCACACGUGGAUGUGAACUGAACCAAAGAGGAGCUUUGAUUGCAAUGGAUUUCAUCUACUCCCUCCCACCAUGGAUUGCCAAGAAAAUGAAUAUUGGGACCAAUGGGGACGGUGUGUCACUUGCCAACUGUGUGGCCCUGGACAAGAGCUCUCCAAGGAUUGUGGUUAUGGAGAGGGUGGAGAUGCAUACUGCACAGCCUGCCCUCCACGCAGAUACAAAAGUAGCUGGGGCCAUCAUAGAUGUCAUAUUUGCAUCACCUGUGCUGUCAUCAAUCGUGUCCAAAAGGACAAUUGCACAGCUACCUCUAAUGCUGUCUGUGGGGACUGUCUUCCAAGGUUCUACCAAAAGACACGCAUUGGAGGCCUGCAGGACCGAGAGUGCAUCCCAUGCACGAAGCACACCCCCACCUCUGAGGUUCAAUGUGCCUUCCGGUUGAGCUUAGUGAAGGCAGAUGUACCCACAGUGCCCCCUCAGGAGGCCACACUUGUACUGGUGAGCAGUGUGCUCAUGGUGUUUACUCUGGCAGUCCUGGGGCUCUUCUUCCUCUACUUCAAGCAGUUCUUCAACAGACAUCGCCAGAAUGGAGGUUCGCUGCAGUUUGAGGCUGACGAGGCAGCAGAGGAGGAAUCUCUCUUCCCUAUGCCACCUAAACAAGAGACCAAUCCUGAGUCUCCACUAAGUGAAAGCAUCUUUGAGACCCAGCCACUUAACCCCAUCCUGGAUGAUGACCGCAGCUCAACUCGUGGCUUCCCCACCCAGGAAUCUUUUACCAUGGCCUCCUGCGCCUCAGAAAGACACUCCCACUGGGUCCACACUCCCAUCGAAUGCACAGAGCUGGACCUGCAAAAGUUUUCCAGCUCUGUCUCCUAUACUGGAGCUGAGACCUUGGCAAGGGGACACAGCUGAAAGCUCUGGAGAGAGGCUGGAACUCGAUGUGCCUCUUGAAGUUCCCAGCCCUUAA